GCAGUGGCGUGGUCAUCGAGGUCGACCUGAUGGACGGCCUGACGGCAGAGCGAGACACCGUGGCCGAGGGCCGGGACAGCUGCAUAAUGCCGUCCCCUUCCCUCACGGUCGUCCUCGUAUGGUGAGGAACACGCAUGGCGACAGACAGACAGACAGACACCACAGCAAUUCCAUCGGGUAUGUCGGGUGCGUGCGGUGCAGGGUGUUGUGCGCCAGGAAGCCGAGGCGGCGGCGCCGCGUCAGGGGCGGCCGUGUCGUGGCCCUCCGCCGCACCAAAUCGUCGCCGGCCCUGCUCAUGCGGCCUCAGCAGCAGGUGACUGAGUGGCAACACAGGCAGAAAAGCAGAGAACCCCACGCUGAUGCACCGUGUGUGUGUAUGUGUGUGUUGAUGCAGAGAGAAGGAGGGCGUCGAUUCGUGUGACAGGAGAUAGUCGAGGGAGCGGCAAACAUUCAGCUGGGCAGGUGCACGCCACCCACACGCCCUGUCUUCGGCUGAUGAACUGAGAAGGUGUCUUUCGCUGGUUCCUUACCUUUAGGAGGCGGUGGUGGCCGGGGUGGCGGCUGUGGUGCCGCAGGUGAGAGAGGAAGACCACAAGCAGACCAGACGACACAAACCGUUGACUGCGUGUGCUGCCUUGGUGUGUGCGGCAGGUACUUUACGUGCCUGCGCACCCCGUCCACCCCGCCGUCCUGCUGCCCCAGCCCGUCGCUGCCAUGCCGCCCGCACCUGCCCCAGCCCCAGCCCCUGUGCCGGUCUUCGUGGUGGUGCACCCGCCCCCGCCCCAGCUGCCGCUGCCCGUGCGCGAGCACGUCAAGAAGAUGGCGGCCUACAAGCAGCUGGUGGCGGCGGGCUGGUGCCGCUUCGCGGCAUACUGGGCCGCAUAAUCCACCCCCACACACACAUGGGUGGAGGGGGCGGGGGGGAUCCGGAGUUCCGGAAAUCAGGAGUCAGGAGUCAGGAAUUGCAUGUGUUUUAUAACGUAGGGUCGUUCAUGUCCCCUUAGCAACUGAGUAGCGUUUUCUUUUUCGAUUUAUUCAUGUGAUGUGUUGUGUGCUGGUGUCGUGAUGGAUGUGGUGGGUGUGUGGGUUUUCUUUGUCUUUUAUGGGCGUCUGAUUGUGCCGUUUAUGAGUGCCCAGAGGGUGUUUGGUUGUCUUUGUCGAUUUAUUCUGUGCUGCUGCUGUUUUUUAAAGCCAUAUAUAGACACACACACACACACACAGUGGCCGUCAUGACGGGAGAGGUGGAUGGAUGGAUGGACUGAUGCAGUGCGGCUGUCAGUGGUGCGUGUGAGGGUGCAGGGGAAGGGGUCUGUUCUGACUAGAGAAGCCUAUCGCACCUUUGUGUGUCUGUGUGUGUGUGUGUGUGUGAGUUAUUGACUGUGUGUGUCUGACUGUGAGUCAUUGGUGUGUCUGUGUGUGUGUCUGUGUGUCUUCGAUGGGUGUGUGUCUUUAUGUGUAGUUCUGAUCUAGAGAAGCCCAUCGCACGGUGUGUGUCGGUGUGUGGCUGCAUCGCACGUCGCAUCGCUCGGCUGUUUGGCCGUAUGUUUGUUAUCGCUGGUCUGUCUGUCUGUCUGCCUGGCUGACUGUCGUGUUCGUUGUGUGUGUCUGGGGGGCCGGCCACUUCUUCUGCACCCAUCCACCCGCACCACUGAUGCGUCCGUACGGCUCUGCACACCACAGCCAUUCCUCCCGUCCAUCCAUCUAUUCCAUCCAUCCAUUCACCCUCGGCGACACUGUUGUAUUGUGUGUGCUGGAUGUGCGUGCUGAUAUCUUUAUGCUGCCCCCCCCGCCCCGCCCCUACUUGAAUGUAUGUAGCCACCCACAGGCAUACGGUUUAUCCAGAGGGAGGGCGCCGGGCUCGUUUCUGGUUUUCUUCCGGUUUAUCCAGAGGCUGCGUUCCGGUUGACAAUUACGUGUCGGUGUGUUGUUUUGGUGUGACAGUAUGGUGACAUGUACCCCACCCCUUGCACAUGCACCCUCUGCGUGUGUGACCUUUCG